AUGUCGCUGACGCAGGAGAGCUCACAACGGCGACGCCCGCGAAGAGGUGGAUCACGGUGUAGUCAUUCGGCUAGGCUCGAUGUUCCCUCGCUCGAGCUAGGAUCCAAGAUGAGCCUCCAACUAGCUCACGAGCGAAACGGCAUCCUGCUCGCUCAUGCUCACUCGAGCUCUUGCCGUGGUCACAGAGGCCGCAUUCUCCGUGCACUCCAGGACAGUAGUGCCGACCCCGGCAAAGCUCAGGCAUGUGGUCACUGCAACCAGCUUACAGCUCGCCUCGCCGAAUCGCUCUUGCACCAUCUCCUCUUCGCGAAAGGACAGCUUCCGGAGCCAGUCAGUUUGAUGCGCAAGAAAAGGGAAUUGACCGCUCUCCAUGCUGCAACUUCAACACAACACCGAUCAAAAACCAACUCGGCUCGAGCGAGGAAAGAGGACAAGCUGCUCCGCAAGCUAGAACAGCUUCGAGUGCAUCUCGAACAAGCAGCGGCGCAUCUUGCCACAUCUGCAGACAACAACGGCCAAGGUCCAUCAGGUCGCCCCGGUACAUCAUCAUCAGACGGCGUUCCCACCAGCGACAUUAGGCUACUAGUUGUGAUGGGAUCCAGCGCCACCAUGCCGAGGGAAGUGUUUGUUCUUGAUCUCAUUCAGGCGAUUGGCCCUUGUGGAACUGCUCAGGAGACAGCUCAGCACCUCUUCAAUGAUGCUCGUAGCGACGCAGCUCAGAGCAUCAACGAACAAGUGGAGAAUGAGCUCUUUUACCUGCUACAACAAUCAUCCGAACAAACUCGCGAUGCAGCAAAAGACAAGACGAGUAGCAACUGGGAGCGCAAACUAGUCCGUCUGCUGGUAAGCGACGAGCGGCUUGAGCCUUUUCUUGGGACGUCCUUGGCUCCGACCAAGAUGCAUCUCUUUCUCAGUGCACCCACCACCUUUCGAUCUCCAGGGUGGUCUGCGAGACCACACCUCGACUUUGACUUGGACCGACUUUGCAAGCAGCAAGCGACCGAUGUGUGCGAAUCAGCAACAUCUUCGACUGACAACAGCAUGACAUCGCCACACCCGCAUCGUAGGCACAAUCUGAAGAAGGCAGCACUGUCACCAAGCCCUUUGCGAGGCCAAGGAAGAAGAUGGAGCAAGACAGCGUGCCAAUCAUCGUCUUCUGUCGCAGAGUCCUGGCCGGAAGAAAGCAGCUCGGAUCACAUGGGCGAGUCAAGCAUGAGCUCCGUAUCGGACGACAGUCGACCUCCUUUUUCUGCGGAGGCGGCGAUCCUUGGGAGGGAUGAUUGGCUUCCAAGAUGCAGCAGUCCCUUGGCUGCAACCUCACAAUCGCAGAGCAACGAGGAUAGCCGGACAGCCUCUUCGCUCGGUUCUUCGACAAUGUAUGGCCAUGAUACGUACGACGCAGUCAUCCACUCGGAGGAGGCUUUGAUCAAGUCUACAGAUCAGAGUAGGAUCAAGUUAGCGCCCACGAGAAGUUCAGCUGAUUCGAUGCUGAUCGAUUCGGAUCAAGCCAUCAGGCGUCGAUCGCGAGAGCCCAAAGCUGGAAGCCUGCUAAGUCGCAAUCUACUCAAAGGUCGAGGUAAUGGACAACAUUUGUAUGUAGGAUCCGACUCGAGCUCUGUGCGUUGGGCAACAUUGUCAUCGAAGCGAGCUCCUCGCUGUGCUGGCUUACAGAUAGACUUUACUGAUCCAGAGCGACCCCGGUCGCAUACCAUGGCUGUAGAGCAAGAAAGUGCAACAUUGUCAGGGAGGCCUGCUGUUGAACGUUGCUGGUUCCAGUGCGAAGCCGUGCUGGAAGGCUUUCGGUGA